CGCCAUCUACGAUCACCAUGCCCACCAAGAAGGUCAAGCGCACCACCACCACCACCACCACGACCAAGAUCACCAAGGGUGUCAAGGUCUCGGCUGCCUCGAAGAAGGACCCCCUCUUCGUGGCUACCCCGAAGAACUUCCGCAAGGGCGGUGACAUUCAGCCCAAGCGUGACCUGUCCCGCUUCGUGCGCUGGCCGCGUUACGUGCGUCUUCAGCGUCAGCGCAAGGUCCUGUACCAGCGCCUGAAGGUGCCGCCGUCGAUCAACCAGUUCUCCAACACUGUGGAGAAGAACGUGGCCACGGACCUGUUCAAGCUGCUGCUUAAGUACCAGCCGGAGACCAAGGCCGCCAAGACCCAGCGUCUUCGCAACAUCGCUGCCGGAAAGGAGGAGGCUUCGGCCCCUCCCGCCGUCGUGAAGUUCGGUCUUAACCACGUGACCUCGCUGAUCGAGAACAAGAAGGCCAAGCUCGUGGUAAUUGCCCACGACGUUGACCCCAUUGAGCUCGUGGUGUUCCUGCCCGCUCUGUGCCGUCAGUUCGACAUCCCGUACUGCAUCGUCAAGGGCAAGGCUCGUCUUGGCCAGCUCGUGCACCAGAAGAACGCCGCUGUGGUCGCUCUGACCCACGUCAACAAGGAGGACAAGGCUAAGUUCGACUCGCUGACCCAGGUGUUCCGCACCAAGUUCAACGACGACUCUGUGGCUCGUCGCAAAUGGGGCGGAGGUAUCAUGGGCCUGAAGACCCAGAAGAAGCUGGAGCUGCGCGAGAAGGUGAUCGCCGCCGAGGCUGCCAAGAAGGCCCAGUACUAAGAUAUGUACCGGGUUUGAAGUGAAGUGCGGCGUGGCACGCUGCAUCUUGUCUUCUUUAUUCGUAGGUGCUCUCGACAGGGAGGAAGUCCUUCCUGGCAAGUGUAAUGGCUGAAUAACAUUUAAACUUCCAACAUCU